AUGUUUGCUGAAUUGAUGGUACCAAAGUUUUUGGACAAGGAAUUUAAAUCUCACUUUCGUUUAGAUCGAAGGAGUAUUGAGGUAUUAGUCUCAUACAUUGGCCCGAUUCUUUCAUUGGAGUCUAUAAAAAUUAAUAUAGAAAAACAAGUUUUAAUUUUUAUUUGGUAUAUGGCAAAUUGUGAAACUUACAGACAAAUUGCAAAUAGAUUCGAUGUAGCAGAGAGUACAAGCCACGCAAUAGUGAAUAACUGUUUAAUAGCUUUGAAUAGUGUAGCUGCUAAAAUUAUUGUUUGGCCAUCUGGCCAAGCUGCCACAGAUAAUUUGAAUAAAUUUAAUUUACUUCGUGGAGAUAAUUCCUUUCCAAAUGGAAUCGUUGAUGCAAAUCUAAAGUUUAUAGAUGUUUUUGCUGGUUGGCCUGGACGUACACAUGAUGCACAGAUUUAUCGUUGCAGCAGUAUUGGUCAGAUGAUCAUUAAUAAUCCUUGGACCAUUCUACCACCGACAUGCCAUAUUCUGGGAGAUGGUGCAUACCCAUUGACUGAAGGUCUAAUGGUACCUUAUAAAGAUAAUGGGCAUUUAACCAGACAUGAAAAAAAUUUUAAUAGGACAUUGAGUAGUACUCGAAUUCUAAUUGAGCAGGCGUUUGGAAAAUUAAUUUGCAGAUUUAGGAAAUUAAAGCAUAUGGAUAUAUAUAAAAAAGAUGUUUGUGGAAAAAUAAUUACAGCUGCAUGCUGCUUACACAAUAUAUGUAUGUCAGUAGGCGAUGAUUAUAUUGAUUAUGAUCCAAUACCAUCAGAAGAAACUAUCGAGGAAAAUGAAGAGGAAAUUAUGGGUGGCAUGACUAAAAGAGAUUUUAUAUGUAAUUCUUUACAAAUAAAUGAAUAUUUAUAA